CCGUGGCCGGAAGCGUCUCGCGGUUGUUACGCGCUGACACGCAAGGUUUGAUUCUCGCUCACUCACGGUGGCGAGCGUGCCAUUAUUUGCAAGUUCUGAAAUUUUACACGGAGAAAAGUUCUGACGAAUCGUGAUAUUUUCGUCAUUCUCUUCCAAUUUGCGCGAUUGACUUGCGUCAAAGUACAAGAUAUAUAAUCGAUGGUUCUUUAAAAAGUUACUUUACGGGGGUAUAAAGGAAUUAUUUCAUUAAACUCCAGACAAAAGUUGUGACUUUUUGAAAAAAAUAAAAAAAGGAGAGAAAGACAAUUAAGUCGAAGCCUCGUAUUGAAUCAACUCUUUGAUCAAAGAUAAAAGUUUGACUUAUUCGAUGAAUAGAAGGAACGUCUGAUUGCACUAGGAGGCAUUUUAACUUACUUCGUAAGUUACGUCAAGCGUAUUGAGGAAUCGCGAGGUUGCUUUCGGCGAGUUGACGUCAUCGAGAACAAGCAAGUAGAUCGAGGAUUCACGGCGGGGGAGAGUAUUAUCUCCCAAGGCUCUAAAGAAGCCGAAGGCGAAACAGUAACAGCCAGCAGCCGGAAAAGGAACAGAGAAGUGAAAGAGAAGGAAGAAGAGAGACAGUCGAGAGACGUUAAAGGGAGCAUCAAAGACGAAGAACGGGAGCAGGAGGAGAAAGCUCGGAAGCUCGAGCCUCGGGGUUAUUAGGAGAGGCAAGUUAGACAGACGAGAUAGAAUUUCGAUCGAGCCACUUUUCGGCCACAGUGAUUAAGAGUCGAUUAAUGCGAUCGGUUUUAAUUAACGAUCAGCUAUUUCGCAGUCGUAACUCGCUUUUCCAUCUGACGGUUCUGCAUAAUUCCGGACAUUUAUUAAUUGAGACGCCAUCGGAGGAGAAGGAAGAAGGGUGAAUCGAUCUCAUCUCGAUGCCGACUCGAGUAAUUUUCGGUGCCACUCAGAUUCAAUGAUGAAGGACGUAACAUUCUCGAGGAACGUCUUGAUACUUGUUAUCGAUUGAUUGAUCAAAGUGGCUGAUCAAACGAAGAGUCGAUUCCAACGUAUUAAUCGGACGAUGCUCGAUAAAAGCACAUAAGAAUCGCAUCAGUUUCCUUACGCUUUUCUUUCGCCGAGGGAGACCUCCUCCAAGGGGAAGCAUCUACAAUGUGCGCGAGAUCAUUGUUGCUGUGCGUCCUCGGUAUCAUCGCUGUCGUCAACGAAUCCGAAGCCAGCUGGGAGGAAUGGUGGACGUACGAUGGUAUUUCCGGACCUUCGUUUUGGGGCCUGAUAAAUCCGCAGUGGUCCCUCUGCAGCAAAGGAAGGCGGCAGAGUCCUAUCAACAUCGAGCCGGACAAGUUACUCUUCGAUCGUCACUUGAGACCGGUGCACGUCGAUAAACACAGGAUUUCCGGAAAUUUACACAAUACCGGACAGUUCCUAGUGUUUAGAGCGGAUAGAGAGGCAAAGGUACGAGUCAAUAUAACGGGUGGUCCGCUUGCCUAUCAUUAUCAGUUCGAAGAGAUAUACAUUCACUAUGGAUUGGAUGAUGGUCAUGGUUCCGAGCAUCGUAUUAAUAACUAUGCUUUCCCCGCUGAGAUACAAGUCUACGGCUUUAACGCCGAGCUGUAUCAUAAUAUGAGCGAGGCGCAGCAUAAAAGUCAAGGGCUGGUGGCGAUCUCGUUAAUGGUUCAGCUCGGCGAUACGUUAAAUCCUGAGCUGCAGAUCAUCACCAGUGUGUUCAACAAGGUCAUACAUCGAGGUGCCACCGCACCUGUCCGCUACCUGUCUCUGAAAAGCCUUCUUCCGGAUACCACCGGUUACAUGACUUACGAGGGCAGUACAACGCAUCCGGGAUGUUGGGAAACGGCCGUGUGGUUGAUCCUCAACAAACCGAUUUACAUCACGGCACGAGAGCUGUACGCCCUAAGGAAAUUAAUGCAAGGCCCUUCCACUACGCCGAAAGCGCCCCUCGGUAAUAAUUCCAGACCGUUGCAGGGUCUUCAUUACAGAACUGUGCGAACGAAUAUCGAUUUUGCCAAGCGGGGAAACGCCAAGUGUCCAUCGAUGGCGCAGGACAUGCAUUAUAGAGAUGACUUUUUCCUUCCAGCCAACACGUGGCGGGACGACGGUUCCCUAUCACACAACGUAGUCUGAAGCCGUCCCGCGGUACGACCACGAGAGGGGACUUUUUUCUAAAGGAGUUCUGAAACGAGACGAGUUCACAUACAACGCGAUACGAGGAGGGUAAGGCAGAGAGCUGAUUUCUAACAACGGGAAACGAAAAAUGGUUUGCCGUGGCUGUGCGAAAAACGGACGUAAAUAUUUCGAAUGGUUGUGUAAACUAAGGGGUGAAAUAAAAGUACCGAUAGCGAUUCCUGUGUUUCGAAGCGAACCGAUCGAGUGUCAUGCAACCAGCAUUUCGUCACCAAAAAGAUUACGUAUUGAAUCUUUAGAUAAGGUUUUAUUGCGAAAAUAAUGUAUGAAGAGAGAUUUGAAUUUUGUUUCAUUCCCCGGAGCAGCAAGGACAAAGUUGAUGCGUGUGUUGCUACAGCACUAAUGUAAUUCUCAUAACACGAGUGAUGAAAGGAGCUUUAAGUGUCUUGGUGGGAUACAAAUUUUUGUUUAAUGCUGUUUGUAAGUUUACGCGUAUGAAGAUUGUAACAGUUAUCAGAGAUGGGCGUAAUAUAAUUUAAAAUAAUAUCUAUUAUAAACUAAACAAUGUAAUUUUGUAAAAUCGACAAUAUAGCGCACGCUUUCAGCUGCUGAAUGAAUGAUUCCUAUAGCGAGACGAUAGACAUUGUUUCUCGAGAUGAGAGGAAAAAAAUUAAUUUAAAUGCCCAUCGCUGAUAAUCAUACCGAUUCGUUCUGUUUUCACGUGCGAAUCUGCUUGAAUAAUUAAUCCCGCUGAUAAGCCUGUAAAUCGGAAUUACUUGAGGUUUUGUCAAUUAUCGCGUAGCCAAUGGCGAUACGACAUAAAGCGAUGUAAAGCGAAAAUCGUUAGGAAACGCGGGGAAGGGAAAAUGGGAUGGGAGAAAUGAAGCGGAAGAGCGCGGGAGGAGACGAUCGUGAUGGAUCUCGGUGGGAGAUACAGAAGAAGAAAUAGCCGGUAUCACGAUGGAGGAAGGAAGGAAAGGAGAGGAAACGGGGAUGGAGAGGCAGAGAGCAAUUUCGUAAUAGCUUCGGGAUAGAGAGGAGUAGGUUAAUAAAGAAGGAAUGGUUCGGAAAGGGAAAAGAUUAGGAUGAAGUCAUGUAGUAGAUCAACCGCGCGGAAGAAAACGCUCUCUCUCUCUCUCUCUCUCCCUCCCUCUCUCUUUCUCUCAUAGCUUACCCGAUGGACAAAUAAUCCGGCGCGCUUUUGUAUAUAUAAACACAGAUACGGAGAAAAUGUUACACGAACAGACAUUUACCUAAGAUAGACGUUAAGCAGUGAGAAAGACGAAAGUCUUUUAGGGAGAUGAAAAAAAAAAGCGUGUGUAUAGAGAAUAAAGUUGUAUCAUAAACCGAAAAAGUGAACGUUUAACAAUUGUGGUUAAUAAGCAACAAUAAAGGCGACGUUAUAUUGU